AGUUUAGAGAAGGGAGAGCUACCUGCAAACACACAGAUCCGGGUGGAAAAAACCCACCCACAGCUGACGGAGGAGAGACGGAGAGCGGCGGGGGGCAAAACAGACAGGAGAGUCAGAGCUGAAGUGCCAACCGCGCAGGAGGGAAGGAGAAGCGAGAGGUGGUCGAGGCGGGGGGGCCACCAACAUAUGGAGAAAGUUCUAUAGGUGAAUAAAAGAGAUCCGGCAACAGGUGCAGCGAGAAGAGGACAGACAGACGCAGGACAAGAUGGCAUCUGCCAACGAUACCCGUCAGACCCAGAAAGAUGCCGCUGACCAGAGCUUUGAUUACAUGUUCAAACUCCUGAUCAUCGGAAACAGCAGCGUGGGCAAAACGUCGUUCCUGUUCCGCUACGCCGACGACUCCUUCACGUCCGCCUUCGUCAGCACCGUGGGGAUAGACUUUAAGGUCAAGACGGUCUACAGGAACGAGAAGCGGGUCAAGCUGCAGAUCUGGGACACGGCUGGACAAGAGCGCUACCGCACGAUCACCACAGCCUAUUACCGCGGUGCCAUGGGCUUCCUGCUCAUGUACGACAUUUCAAACCCGGAGUCCUUCAACGCCGUGCAAGACUGGGCGACACAGAUUAAAACCUAUUCCUGGGACAAUGCACAGGUCUUACUGGUUGGGAACAAGUGCGACCUGGAAGAUGAUAGAGUGAUCCCCGCUGAAGAUGGGCGCCGUCUGGCAGAGGAAUUGGGGUUUGAGUUUUUUGAGGCCAGCGCUAAGGAGAACAUCAACGUGAAACAAGUUUUCGAGCGCCUGGUCGAUGUCAUUUGCGAGAAGAUGAACGAAAGCCUGGAGAAUGGACCCGUGCCGAGCGGGACUGCCCAGCUCAGCGAGAACGCCCCCAAAGAACACAGCAACUGCUCCUGUUAGAUGCCUAUCUUACCACAACUGCCGACCUGGGGCAUAGCUCCUGUUCUAUGCCAUGCUCAUAGCCUGCUCUCGGAAGCCAGGUCCCACAGGAGCUCCUUUCUAGACGUGAAUCUGAGCGUGAACGUUCCUCCGUGAGAUAUCAUGAGCAUGGCACUGUUACAACAACUAUUCCCUAGAGAUUUAAUUGUUACAUGGACACUUAGAACCUGCCCCACACCAGAGAUAGGAGAAGACCGCAAGCGUGCGGAGCGAACGGAGACUGUCCAUAGCUCUCCGAGGGGUAUCUCUGCACCUUGCGUUACCACGUUAAUAGUGCCACGGGAGAGUCUUCCUACCACGAAGUGCCAAAUUCAAGCCCACUGUGUCCUUAACACGUUAGCGCUCCGCUUACCUGGUUGGGGGCCACGCACAGCUUUGCUCUGCAUGCCGUUAGAAAGCUCUGCAUGUCCCCCCUAAGGAGGUUCUAUGGAUGAGAAUAAUGACGAGUAGGGGGCCACGCUAUGGCUGUGUACACGCGGGCGCCUCGUUUAUACCGGGGAGGGAAAAGGGUUACAGUGGUGUCAUAAUGUCAGGUAUGCCCCUUCUCUUCAUGGCUUUAAAAUAAUGAAACUGUUUACAUUUUUAAUAAAAGGAAUUCUCCUUUUAUUACAUCAAGUUAUUCUGCUUCUAUUACGAGAACAUGUAUGUCCUAAUGCCUUUGUAUUGGAAGGCGCUGAAUGUUACGUGUCUUGAUGUCUGUGUAUUAAGGGGGGUUAAGGGGGUUGGGCGUUUUGGGGUCUGUCUAUUAAAGCAUGGCAACAGG